AUGCUCAGUGCAGGGAAGGUCCUGGUGCUCGCCAUGCUACUCACCCUCUCCCCAUGCUGUGAUGCAGCCCCUUAUGCACCGUCCGAGUGCUGCUUCAAUUACGUAAAGUUGCCUCUCCGGCGGAGUAACCUGAAGAGUUUCUACACAACUCCCAAGGACUGUUUUUCCCCAGCAAUUGUGUUUGAGACGAGGAACGGGACCAAGGUCUGCGCAAACCCAGAGAUGGCUUGGGUGGGGAAAGCAGUUGAGAGUCUUCAAAAAAGGAAAGGACAUCAUGCCCCGUGA